AGAUGGAGUUAAGAGUGAUCUCGUAUCGCAUAAACUGAAUAUUUAUCUUAAAUGUAAACAUAAUGAAUAGUUAAAAAUGGCCGAGAAUAAACCCUAUAAAUGCGUUAAUUGUGGAGAGGCUUCUGCGGCCUUGUACAAAACUUACGGGCCGUCUGUUUUGAAGCUGACCAAAUGCGUUAAAUGCAACAGAAUCGUGGACAAAUAUGUUGAAUAUGAUCCAGUGAUUGUUAUGAUUGACCUAGUACUGAUAUCGAAGGAAGCCCAGAGACAUGUACUAUAUAACACAGAGUUUAAGGCAUAUUGGAAGCUCUUCAUUAUCCUAAUAAUGAUAGAAACAUAUGGACUAUGGCGGAGUGACAGUCUGUUCAACAUUGUGGUCAACACAGCAUGCGGCAUACAGACAAACGAUACCACAUUAAAUAUUACACACUUACCUUCAUCUCUUCAAUGGGAGGCGCCGCAAUGGUGGCAGCGCCAGUGCAGUGGUUGGCGGCCGGCACAGGGGGCACGCGACGAGGGAGAUCUCUUCAUAUGGGAGAAACACUUCUACAUACAGUUCAUUUCUACAUUCGCUGGUGUCACGGCGUUCAUACUGACGGUGCACUUCGCCAUGAAAAUGCUCAAGCCAUUUAUUUCACAGAAUGAAACUCACUUCUUAUCUUUAUUAAAAGCGUUCUCACUGGCCAAUGUGAGUAUUCUAUUAACCCUGCCGAUGUUGGUGUGGGGUUCGGAUCCCGUCGCAGAAACUAAAGCUUUCCACUAUGGAUUGGUCUUCGUGUAUAGUUUCGCUGUGCACCUUAGUACUUUUAUCGUUCUGUACGGGUGUCCAAUGAUAAUCACAGUACUAGUACUGACCGCUAGCAACUGUAUGAAAUUCCUCACCACCCACCACGCCUCGCCGCUUAUAAGGGACCUGCUGCAAUAGGCUAAAUGACUAGUCAAAUC